UCGUGUGAUUCUCCGGGGCUGGAAUCGUUUCAAUAUUUUUAAUAUGUUGUGGUUCCGUUUAGCGACAAGUGAACUUACAGAUUUGGAGUUUGAUAGUUGACUUUGAAAGCUGCGCUGUCUGAUUGGGUUUGAACGUGAGACGGAAGUCAGACUUUUCAGGCUGUGUGCGGAUUUAAUUGGACCAUUUGUACUUUAAUCGCUGCCUGAAAAACAAGUAGAUGUUUUAUUGGCGACGUUAACCUUUUAGCUUGGACAGACCUUUGUAUUAAUAGCAAGCUCAGUAUUAUUUAGACCGUUUAUAGUUAAAUUUGUUACAGCAUUUGGCAAGUACAAGGCGUUAAAAGUGGCGCAACAGGACGAGUCGAUCUGGUUCUGUCACACCGCGUUUGCUCUGCACAUUUCUUCUGUCGAGAAAACAAUCUUCACUUAACUAAAUGUCUCCAACGCAGAGCCGGUGACUUUAUAGUAGUUUUACUUUUUUUAAAUAAGAAAAAAACACACCACACUAAUCUGCAGUACAUCUCCAGUGUUGACAGCUAAACACUGUUUGUAAACUUGAACCGACUUGUCGCCUGCUCGCUGGUUCUCAGCCGAAGUUACGCGGCUACAACUAGCCACUCCUUGGAAAUAACAUCCUACGAAAUCACGCUGUCUCGGUUCAGUCUAAUAAUAUGUCUGAUAUCUCGAGAUAUUAGUCGAGCAGGGGAGAGUACGUGUUAAUGUGCUGCAUGAGAUGAGUGAGUUGAGCUUUGGGGAACAGGAAACCUCUCUGUGCAACGUUUCUGGCAACUUAAUCUGAGCAGCGGGGACGGAAUGUGCUCGACGUCCAGCCCGCUGUCGACCUCCGGGCUGCAGGCGGCAGCGUCUCGGCGUGCAGCCGCUGCACGCCGCGGCCGAGCCGCAGACACCAGAAGUCAGCACGAAGCAUUGCGCGCCGUUCAAUGUCCGCACACUGCGGACAUGUGCUGUCGCCUCAGAAAUAUGACCCGCGUUGUUCACGACUCGCAUAUCUCCAUGUUACACAGUGACAUGCUAACACAUGUUAUGAUAACACCGCCAUGGCCGAGAGGGCUCAGUGAAACUCCCUUUUUACUUUUCUGUUUGCAAUGGCGCCGCUGCUUGAUGAAACACGAGCAGGACACUGGUCACGUUCACUGUUUUGAUCUCGGGCGGCAGGUGGCUCGUCAUCGAGAAGCAUGAUGACGUGGAUUGUGACAGCAUGGCCACGACUGCAGACGGCUGCAUUCAAUUCACACGCCAUGCAGGCGACGUCCUGCUCAACUUUAACCGCCUCCGCAGCAGGAACAUCCUGACGGAUGUCACCAUCCAGGUGGACGGACAGCAUUUUCAUGCUCACAAGGCCAUCUUGGUGGCCUGCAGUGGUUUCUUUUAUUCUGUGUUCAUGGACCCCAAGAACGCAGACCUUGGUGCCAUCAGCUUAGACCCCAAAGUGGACUCCAAGGGUUUCUCCAUCCUGCUGGACUUCAUGUACACGUCCUGUCUGGAUAUUAAGGACAGUCUGGUCCUGGACACGAUGAACACAGCCAUCUACCUCCAGAUGGAACAUGUGGCCGACACCUGCCACAGGUUCAUCAAGUCCAGGCAUCAGAUCGAAGAGGUACAGAUCAACUCAUCACACCUGGUUGAGGAGAUCGCUGCUUUGACGCCUGUUGACGAGAAAGAGCCAGACUAUAAAAGCAACCGCAUGUCAACCUCAUACCCUCUCCAGGAGUGCAGGGGCUUCAUCCCUAAUGUUUUUAGGGGAAUCAACACUUCUGGUUCCAAUCACGUCUACGGUGACCUUCCUGUCCCUGCUGGGAUGUUGAACGGUACCUAUAAGAUCAGCGACCUUCCUAGAGGAGGGACUUUGUCCCAGAAACAAUGCUUGCAGGUACCCAGCGCCAACAUGGCUCACAACGAGACCACCACCACCCUCAUCUCCCACCCUGUGGUAUCCCACCCCGGUAACCCCACCACUAUCAUCCAACCUGCUGGAGCCCACGAGAGCCUUCAAAGGCCUGUCUCUCACGUGGGGGAAGACGACAUUCAGUAUCCACAGACCAGCUGCCUAAGAUUGUCCCCAGGUUUUAGCAAAGGUGUGAUCUGCAGCCCUCAAAGCCCCCUCAGGUCUGACUGCCAGCCCAACUCGCCCACAGAGUCCAACAGCAGCAAAAACGCCACGCUGAGCCUCAGACAGCCCUCCGACUGCCCCAAAGACACCAAGGCCCGCAACUGGAAGAAGUACAAGUUCAUCGUGAUGAACCGAUCUCCUGAUGAGAAUGAAAAGGAGGCUCAGGGAGGCGGUGGGGAAGCUGUAGCCAUGUCCCCGACACUGGGCCACUGUGGGAGCGGUGCAUCCAGUGGACACGGUGAGCUCCAGGCAGAAGACGGAGCCGACGAUCACAGAGAAGAAAUCCUCAUGUCUCAGAGUGUGGACAGCUGCAGCAGCAGCACCUGUAGCAGCAUCAGCUAUCGUAGAUGCUCCUCAUGUGGCUGUGAAAGCCCCCAGUGCAUGGACAUGGGUCACCUUUCUCUGGACUCAUACAGCCGAGACGACACCACAAAACUGCACUCUGAGUGUUCCUCCUCCAGCUGUGAAGGCAACGUCUACUUCUGCAACGAAUGUGACUCCAAGUUCACAGAACAAGACUCCCUGAAGGAACACAUGGCCCAGGUUCACAGUGACAAGCCAUACAAGUGUGACUGCUGCCAGGCCGCCUUCCGCUACAAGGGCAACCUGGCCAGCCACAAGACGGUUCACAGCGGUUCAAAACCCUACCACUGCAACAUAUGCGGCGCUCAGUUUAACCGGCCAGCCAACCUCAAGACGCAUACGCGCAUCCACUCUGGAGAAAAGCCAUAUAAGUGCGAGACAUGCGGUUCCAGAUUUGUCCAGGUGGCCCAUCUUCGCGCCCAUGUGUUAAUUCACACAGGAGAGAAGCCGUACCCCUGUGAGAUCUGUGGGACUCACUUCCGCCACCUUCAGACGCUCAAGAGCCACAUGCGCAUUCACACAGGAGAAAAGCCUUAUCAUUGUGAGAAAUGUGACCUCCACUUCAGACACAAGAGUCAGCUGAGGCUUCAUCUGCGGCAGAAGCACGGCGCGGUCACCAACACCAAGGCUCAGUACCGCCGGGCCCCGAGCAACAUGCUCACAGGCCUGGUGAAGUCCUGCUGAGCCCGCUGCAGUCCCCAUGGGUCAUUUUAGUUUUCCUUUUGCUUUGCCCGCCAUGUUGUUCAGAGGUUUUUAUUUUUACAAAGAUAUAUAUAUCUCUCCUUUAUGCAUUUGUAAAUUAUGCACAUACUUAAGCUCUUUGGUAUUUCAAAGAUUGUACAAGUGUAUGCUUUGGUUGUGAGUGUCUAACAGAAUGUACUUUUUAUUAUGUAAAUUUAAAGUCUUCUCUCUAUUUUGCAAGUCACUCAACAGAAUGUCAGUGUUGAAGGACAGUCCUCUUCCUCCUUCACACUGAGAAUCACUGUUACAGUUUUUCUGUAGGUAUUGGUAUGAAUCUUCCCAGCAAUGUGGUCACAGUUCAUGCAGUUAUUUACCAUUUGGUUAAUUUAUGUAAAUAAGAUAAUAUAUUUUCAGAUUGCCAUCUGCUGGAAGAGUACAAAUAUAUUUACUUUAAGUUUGUUGUUAACAAAAGGGUUUGUUGUUCUUGCCAUUUCAUAGUUGAUGGAAUGCGUAUUCAUUUUUUAAAAUUGCUUUGUACAUAUUUCCUUUCCAAUAAUUUCUAGCCUUUUAUUUUGCACUUACUGAUAAUGCUGUAAUUCUUAUAUUUUCAUUAAAAUAUUUCUUAAUGUAAAAAUGUAAUGUUUAAAUUUGCUUAGACCGUGCCCAGCACUUGCAAUUUUAUUAUUUAUAUUCAAAGUUUUAUUUGAUGUAUUUUAUCAAGUUUUGGUUGUGCAAUGAUUCUUGUUCCUCAGCAGGAUGAUUUAGGUCUGAUUGUAUUGUCUCCAUAUGUAUUGUAGUGCUCUCGUACAAACCAGUUUGAAUAGUGCCUUACAUUCACACUUAUAUAUUUGCUACCUACCCUGACUAACCAAUAAUGUGUUAUAACUUUUGAGUAUAUGAAAGGUAGUCAUAAACUGCUGUUGUGAUGCAUUUUACAUUUGGUACAUCCCUGUUGUAAUGUGUAUGCAAGUCUGGUACUGUUGUUUUGGAAGCUGAUUAUCUGUUGAGUAUGGUUUUUAAAAUGCAGAUGCACCAGGCCUCAAGCUAAAAAAUGCUCAGGAAUAUUUGAUAUAUGUAAGCAAAUUACUUUAUAACUGCAGAUUAUAUAUAUGACAUGUCAUAUAAUAAAAAUGUUUAAUGUA